GGUGACCUUUGCACCGCCCUCCAGACCCAUGCAAGAUGGCAGCGCGACACGAUCCAAGGUGGCCGCGCUUGUUACUGUGGAGCUUGUGGCGGGGUCGGGGGCCCCCGCAAAGCCGGGUGUCCUGCCACGGCUUAGAAGCGAGGACUUACUCCCGGGGCGACGGCCCGUACUCGCGCACGGCGCUGUAUGAGCUGCUCGGCGUCCCGCCCACGGCGACGCAGGCGCAAAUCAAGGCCGCCUACUACCGGCAAAGCUUCCUCUACCACCCGGACCGCAACGCGGGGAGCGCCGAGGCCGCCGAGCGCUUCACGCGUAUCUCCCAGGCCUACGUGGUGCUGGGCAGCGCCACCCUGCGCCGCAAGUAUGACCGCGGCCUGCUCAGCGACAUGGACCUGCGCGGACCUGGCGUCCGGCCCUCCGCGGCGCCCUCCGCGGACUCCGGCCCGGCCCGCACCCCGUCGCCCGCCUCUCGCGCCCACAGCUCGGGUCAGGCCGCGCCGGGGGCCGGCCGCACGAUGUUCAACUUCGACGCCUUCUACCAGGCGCACUACGGGGAGCAGCUGGAGCGGGAGCGCCGCCUGCGGGCCCGGCGGGAGGCCCUGCGCAAGCAGCAGGAGGAUCGGGCCAAGAAGGGCUUGGGCUGGGACGAGAUCCGAGACACGACUUUAGUCGUCUUUCUCCUCGCCGUCUUCAUCGUCAUAGGCAUUCGUUCUUAAUCGCGGGAGAAGGCGAGGGGAGCAGCCCCCCAGCCCGACCCCAGAAAACGGCCUUUCCCGUCUUGAACCCUUCGCUUUCCACAGUCUACCUCUGCUGGGGUCCGAAGGAACCGCUCUCCCCCUUCGCUUCCCCGCUCGCCCAGCUUGGCCUCUGACCCGCACCUCCUCUUCCCUGCGGUCCAGGAAAAGGAGGCUUUUCGGUGCCCGAGAAGGAGACCCCUAUGUGGACAGCCCUGAAGGCCGGAGAGUGAAGAGUUUCCUGGAGUCCCCUGGGUGCCUGCUUCCAGGGGUUGCCUUCCGGAGGUUGUCAACUUCUGGAACACUGGGCUCUGGCUUUAUUGUCGAGCUCUGAGCAAAGAAAUGUCUGCUCCGGCCCCGUGUUUGUGCCAUGGAGCUCUGUAACCUUGAAACGUGCAAUGUGGCCAGUUGUUAGCGGCCAAAAGAAAAAUUCUGAGGUGUGUAA